AUGACAAGCCCAAGAGGACAGAACCGCAGCUCUUUGUCAGAGCACUCCAGGAAAUCACAGACAAAGCGCAGACGUGACCGAGCGGCCCAGACCCUUGGCCUGACUCCCUCAGGAGGCUUCAAGAUCCGCGGCGCGCUCAACGCCGUGCGCGCCCUCGUGGAGGCGGCCGCGCGCCCGCGCGCCCUCGUCACGCACAGCAGCGGCAACCACGGGCAGGCGCUGGCGUGCGCCGCGCGGGAGGAAGGGAUUCCCGCCUACGUUGUGGUGCCGCGCACGGCGCCGCGCUGCAAGGUGGCCGCCAUCGAGGGCUACGGGGCCACGGUGGUGCCGUGCGAGCCCAGCGACGAGUCCAGAGCGGAGACGGCGACGCGCGUGGCGCGCGAGACGGGCGGCGUGGUGGUGCAUCCCAACCAGGAGCCGGCGGUGAUCGCGGGGCAGGGCACCAUCGCGCUGGAGGUGCUGGAGCAGGUGCCCGAGGUGGACGCGCUGGUGGUGCCCGUCGGCGGCGGGGGGAUGCUCGCCGGGAUAGCGGUUGCUGUCAAGGCGUUGAGGCCAGACGUGAAAGUGUUUGCGGCUGAACCCUGCAACGCCGACGACUGCUACCAGUCCAAGCUGAGAGGGGAGCUGACCCCCAACCCGCACCCCCCGGACACCAUUGCCGACGCCGUUAAGACCAGCAUCGGACCAAACACCUGGCCCAUCAUUAGGGAUUUGGUUGACGAUGUCCUGACAGUCUCGGAGGAAGAAAUCAAGCAAGCAACGCGGCUGGUGUGGGAGAGGAUGAAGCUGCUCAUCGAGCCCACGGCGGGCGUGGGCGUCGCGGCCGUGCUCUCCGAGCGGUUCCGCACCGUCUCCCCGGACGUGAAGAACGUUUGUGUGGUGCUGUGCGGCGGCAACGUGGACCUGAGCGCCCUGGGCUGGCUCACAGACCUCCCUCCAGCAGCGGAGUGAGAACAGGCAGCGUCUCAGCGGCACAAACCCGACACCGGAUUUGUACAGCCUGCUUUGUGCACUAUUAAAAUAGAUGAGCA